AUGUCGGUGUCCCGGCCAGGGCUCCUCCGGACCGCGUCCUUCCAUCCUGGUAUCUCCAUCUUCCAACUGGUUUCCUGCAAGGGCAAAGUGCAGCGAUGCCGUCGAGAUACGUUUCACCCCAAAGGGCGUCUGAAUGUUAUGGAGACUGGAACUCUGGGACGAACAGAGGCAAGUUAUGAGGGAUACAGUUACGGCUAUGGAUAUGGCCAGGAUAACUCGGGUAAUUACGGAUACGGCAUGGCCACGUCGAACUCCUGGGAAAUGGCCAAUUCGGACGUUGACAUGAACCCCGACGGUUCGGGCGGCGGCAACGCCGACGCCGUCAUCACGAAAAUGAACCAGCGCUUGGACAUGGUGUCGCACAUGGACACGGACACGAUGCAAGGAGGACACUACGGAGCUGGCGGAGACAGGUACGACUCGUACGAAUCCUACGAUUCGAGGUCUUCGAUGAACGACCGCGACAUGUACCGAUCCGGCUACGAUUACAACGAGUCCGAACACGACAACGAUAACGCCUAUGAAGGUCACUAUGACAACUUCUACGGGAACCGCCGGGAUCAAUACCAGAACAGAGCACGGGAUAAUUUUGGUCAACGGGGUCAGAAUUGGGGUAGAGACGGACGCAAUAACAGACCCAUGGCGUCUUCCUAUCCCGGGCGCAUGGGCGGACAGUGGAACGAGCCUCCGCAAUCGAUGGGAUCGCGGGGUCUCGGUCCCCACGGCUCCUCCAGGCUUCCUUCCCUCUUCUCCCACAACAUUAUCCCAGAACUCAGCAUGUUCCAGGGAAUGCGAGGUUUCUCGGGAAAUAUGCGUUACGGAGGAGGAAUGAUGAAACAACGAAUGAGGAGAAACUGGAAAAUGUGGGACUCGGAUUUUAAACCCCAGAAAAAGAAAAUCAAAAAAGAUCCCACCAUGAAGAAGCGGAAGCAAACAAACAGCUCCGAUGAACCCGACAGCAAGGCUGCGAAGACGGACGGCUCUGAUAACUCCGACUCUGACAACGAGGAGGGAACGGAAGGAGAAUCGGGAGAAAAAGAGGAGAAGGAGGGCUCCAGAGGCGAGGGAGAAGACGAAGAAGGAAAAGAUUCGGAGAAAGGUGCUUUAACAAUUCAAGAAGAGAUCAGUCAAAUCAAACGCAAAUUGCAGGCGGGCAAGAAAACUCAAGAGAGGCAAAAGAAGAGGCAUCGGGAUCGCAUGGUAGAAAGGAUCCAGUUUGUUUGUUCGUUAUGCAAAUAUCGGACCUUCUACGAUGACGAGAUGAACAGUCACCUCGAGAGUAAAUUCCAUAAGGAACACUUCAAGUUUGUUGGAACCAAGCUGCCUCAACAAACAGCUGACUUCCUCCAG